UGCCCUUGUCAAAUGUCAAUAUCAACUCUGAUUGUUGUUGCGUUUCGGCGGGAACGUGCGGAGAAAAUAUUUUUUAGUUUAGUUGUCCAUCAAUGACUUUAUAAAUUUAAAAUUAAUGUAACAAUAUUCAGAGAAUGUUUCAAAUAGGAAUGUUAGUGAAUAUUAAAUUGACUUAAGUUAAUUUAGAAUAUUAGUUCAAACAACUUCUCACAUUUUGAAACCCUUCUAAGUACGCAAAUAUGAAUACCAACACUACAAAAUCAGGUACUCCACAAACUCCAUCCAGCCUAUUAAAAAAAUUAAGCAGAGUAUCCAUAUCCGAACAGCGCGAUUGGAGUGUAACAAAGAAUGAAGGAUCAAAAUUGCUCCUAAAGAGAGCUAUUUUAGCAGAGAAAACGGAUAAAAGUUCUCCAAAGAAAACAACCCCUAAAUCCAAAACAAAAUUAUCAGAGACACCUAGAAGCUCCAAAAAAGUAAGCCAAACGAAUCUUGAGGAAGUGCUGUUGAUGGAAUUACAAGAAAAUUCGGAUGAUGAAUUACCAACUUUAAUAAUAAAACAGCAUACUCUCACAACUCCGAAAAGAAAGCAGCCAUUAUCAAAAAUUAGCGAUGACACUCCUAAGAAGAUCUUAACGUUCAAUGAUGAGCAAAAAGGUACUUAUGCAACAAGAUCAGGACGUAUAACCAAACAACCAAUAAACUAUCUAGAAGGUGAAAUAUCACCAGUGAAACGUACCCCCAGAAAACCUGUCAGAAAGUUUUCGGAGAGCGAUGAUGACUUUACACCUUUAAAGACACCCAAAACACCUAGUACAUCGAAAACACCAAGAAUUACAAAAACACCUAGAUCCCAAGCAAAGAGUGUAUCCAAAAGAAUAUUAGUUAAUCAAUUAACACCAACCCUACGUGCUAGGAUUCACUCAGUUGACAAUAUUUGUGAUUAUGUAAAUGAGAACAAAGCAUUGCCAGGCAGAGAAAGUCAAAUGGAUGAAAUUCUUUCAUUUGUUAGAUCAAAACUUUUAGAUGGGACUAGUGGGUGCAUAUACAUAUCAGGAGUACCAGGUACAGGUAAAACUGCGACAGUGUCUUCAGCUCUCCAGAUCUUAAAAAAAGAAGCUAAUCUACCAGAAUUCCAGCUGGUUGAGGUCAACGGCAUGAGAUUAGCUGAACCAAGGCAGGCCUUUGUUCAGAUAUACAAACAGUUAACUGGUAAAUCAGUAGUAUGGGAGCAGGCUUGCUCAUUACUUGAGAAGAGAUUUACUAAUAUGGGCCCAAGAAGAACCCCUACUGUUUUACUUGUUGAUGAAUUGGAUGCUCUGUGUACCAGAAGACAAGAUGUUCUCUACAGCAUAAUGGAAUGGGCGUCUCAUAAUACUGCUCUACUCACAGUGCUAGCCGUGGCCAACACAAUGGACUUACCGGAGAGAGCAUUAGCAUCUCGUGUGGCGUCGAGACUGGGUCUAACCAGACUGACCUUUCCCCCUUACACUCACACACAGCUUCAAAAGAUAGUGGCUACUCGACUAGCUGGAGCUAAUGUUACUCCUGACGCUGUACAGUUAAUCGCAAGGAAAGUCGCUUCGGUAUCUGGUGACGCUCGUCGUGCCCUCACCUUGUGCUCGCGAGCGCUAGAGCUGGCCGGACCUGAAGGCGCCGGGCUGAAGGAAGUGCAGCAAGCACUAGCCGAAGCUGCUUCUAGCGCGCCCGUUAGAGCCAUCAAAAGCUGCUCCCCUGCUGAAAGACUCAUGCUCAGGGCUGUAGCUGCUGAGGUCGAAAGAACAGGGUCGGAUGAAACUACUUUAUCAAGAGCUCUGGCAACUGCUGCUGCCAUCAUAGCACUAGACGGGCGCCCAUACAGAUCCGCACCCAACAUUCGAGCUCCCACGCCCUCACAAGCGCAAGCUAUAUGUGCUAGACUUGGUGCUAUGAGAUUAUUGUUAUUGGAACCUAAACCGACUGAGCCCAGGCUACUGUUGAAUGUUAGUCCCGAUGACGUGCAUUAUGCGACAAGACAAAUAACCGCAUAGAAUUUCGCAGAAAAUUCUAGUAACAAUUGAAGAUUUCUUAAAGAGAUUCAACCAUGGUACCUGACGUAGAAUUGAAAUCGGUCAAAUCAAACUACUUGAGGUUUUAAUAACAUAAAAAUGACAAUGUUUAUUUUGUUUUCUUUUGCUAAUUAUUAAAUGUGAUUGACUUGAGCUGAGGUAACACAAAAAGGGGAUUGCCCACUCUCCAUAGUGUGCUAGGCCCAAGAUGGACAUCAAAUAUGACUAUAAAAAUGUACUGAUUCAAAUUCUUAAAUGUAUUGGAUAUCUAAAAAAUAUAUUGAAAUUGACGCCACUAUUAUAAAAAAUAUAAUAAAAAUAAAAACUCGUUUUGAGGUUAAUUUUCUAUAUAAACAAGUGUCGGAUUGUGAGAUACUUCAAGAACUUUUCUUUUCUUAAUGUUUAAGAUGUUCCUAAUGUAUUUUUAUCCAAUAGGGUAUAAAAACACACUUAAUUCUUUAAAUAUCUAUAUUUUCUUCAUCUUCAUACACAAUUAGUAUCAUCUAAAAAUAGCAAAGGAGAGCAUAUACACGGUUUUAAAUCUCGGUCAGGGUAAAACCACAAUUCACACAAUGUGUUUUAGACGUAGUAUGAAACGUUAUUGAUAAAAGUAAAAUAAAUCGAAGAAAAAUCAAAACACAUCCAUUUUGUACGCAAGCACAACACCACAAGCAGCAAGCGAAGUAUCAGUCAGUCAGAUUAAAUUCAGUGUUGUCAGUAUAAAGAAAAAUAAUUAUAUGAAAUUCAUAUAUCGAUUAUUUUUUUAAAUAACCGAUAAUUGAAAUAUAUCUUAAUCUUUUUUUUACGAGUACACAUUAUUUUUUAUGUUUUUGUUUUAGUUGUACAUAUUUAAAUAACAAUACUAGUAAAGUUUUUUUUAUUGCUUAGAUGGGUGGGCGAGCUCACAGCCACCCACCCUGGUGUUGCUAAGUGGUUACUCGAGCCCACAUACAUCUACAACGUAAAUGCGCCACCCACCUUGAGAUAUAAGUUCUAAGGUCUCAAGUAUAGUUACAAGUUAAAGUCCAAUGGGUAUGUCUUCGAUGUUAUUUUAUGUGCAUAAAAUCCAUUAAAAUCGUUUGAUGAAUGAUAAUACUUAAAAUGAUUUAUUUAUAUGUUUUAUUUAUAUACUCAAAAUAUUUACUUCAUACGUAAAAGGAUUUGAAGCUGGCAAUAUUUUUCCCGCAAAAAUAAAAAUCCUUGUUUUUUCAAUAGAGUUACUUUUUUUAAACUACUUAUUGUAAACUAUAGUGGCGCUUAUUUGCAAGAAAGUAAAUGCAUAUUUAUUUAUGACAAAAUUAAUGCACUAAGUAUUUUUUCUAUAAUCUAUUGUCCGCUUUGGGCCUAAAAUGGGCCAUCCCCUUUAAUGUAAGAUAUUUUGUUGAAUGUGGAAUUUAAUGUUUGUGUAAACAAUUAUUACUGUAAGUGAAAAAUCUGUGCUGGUCACAACGCCAUUAAUGAUAAUAUAUUAAGAAUGACAUUAAGAGAUUUUUUUAGGAGCGUUUUAUUGGAUUCCGAGGAAACAUGGAUUUUGUUUGUCCCGACGGACGUAUUAUCUGUUUCUUCAUUCAGCAAUGAGGUGGAAAAACUUUACAUGACAUGUUCUAUUUCAUAUUGUGAUCUAUUCAGACUAUGUAUGACUUUUUUAUGAUGUUUUUUUUAGAUUAUAGACAGGUUACAAUACAAUAGGUUUGAGAUGAAAA